AGGGAGCUGGUCGUGCAACGACGUGGCCCCAUCCAGCCAAGCCAUGGACCGGAAGGUGGCCCGAGAAUUUCGGCACAAGGUGGAUUUUCUGAUUGAAAAUGAUGCAGAGAAGGACUAUCUCUAUGACGUGCUGCGGAUGUACCAUCAGACCAUGGAUGUGGCUGUGCUCGUGGGAGACCUGAAGCUGGUCAUCAAUGAGCCCAGCCGCCUGCCACUAUUUGAUGCCAUUCGGCCCCUGAUCCCACUGAAGCACCAGGUAGAAUACGACCAGCUGACCCCCCGGCGCUCGAGGAAGCUGAAGGAGGUGCGUCUGGACCGUCUGCACCCCGAAGGGCUCGGCCUCAGUGUGCGUGGGGGCCUCGAGUUUGGCUGUGGGCUCUUCAUCUCCCACCUCAUCAAAGGCGGUCAGGCAGACAAUGUCGGGCUGCAGGUAGGGGAUGAGAUUGUCCGGAUCAAUGGAUAUUCCAUCUCCUCCUGCACCCACGAGGAGGUCAUCAACCUCAUCCGAACCAAGAAGACUGUGUCCAUCAAAGUGAGACACAUUGGCCUGAUCCCUGUGAAAAGCUCUCCCGACGAGCCCCUCAAAUGGCAGUAUGUGGAGCAGUUUGUGUCAGAAUCUGGGGGCGGGUGGAGCAGCCUAGGCUCCCUCGGGAGUCGGGAAAACAGGGAGAAGAAGGUCUUCAUCAGCCUGGUGGGUUCCCGGGGCCUUGGCUGCAGCAUUUCCAGUGGCCCCAUCCAGAAACCCGGCAUCUUCAUCAGCCAUGUGAAGCCUGGCUCCCUGUCUGCUGAGGUGGGGUUGGAGACAGGAGACCAGAUUGUUGAAGUCAAUGGCAUCGACUUCUCCAACCUGGACCACAAGGAGGCCGUGAACAUCCUGAAGAGUAGCCGCAGCCUGACCAUCUCCAUUGUAGCUGGAGCUGGCCGAGAGCUGUUCAUGACAGACCGGGAGCGGCUGGCCGAGGUGCGGCAGCGUGAGCUGCAGCGACAGGAGCUUCUGAUGCAGAAGCGGCUGGCCAUGGAGUCCAACAAGAUCCUCCAGGAGCAGCAGGAGAUGGAGCGGCAAAGGAGAAAGGAAAUUGCCCAGAAGGCUGCAGAGGAAAAUGAGAGAUAUCGGAAGGAGAUGGAACAGAUCGUGGAGGAGGAAGAGAAGUUUAAGAAGCAGUGGGAAGAAGACUGGGGCUCAAAGGAACAGCUGCUCUUGCCUAAAACCAUCACAGCCGAGGUGCACCCUGUACCACUUCGCAAGCCAAAGUCUUUCGGAUGGUUUUAUCGCUACGAUGGCAAAUUCCCAACCAUCCGGAAGAAAGGAAAAGAUAAAAAGAAAACCAAGUAUGACAGCCUGCAGGAAUUGAAAAAGAAUAAGAAGGAACUGGAGUUUGAGCAAAAGCUUUACAAAGAGAAAGAGGAAAUGCUGGAGAAGGAAAAGCAACUAAAGAUCAACCGGCUGGCUCAGGAGGUGUCUGAGACAGAGCGGGAAGACCUUGAGGAAUCGGAAAAGAUUCAGUAUUGGGUGGAAAGGCUCUGUCAGACUCGCCUUGAGCAGAUUUCCUCUGCUGAUAAUGAGAUUUCAGAGAUGACCACAGGGCCCCCGCCUCCCCCGCCUUCUGUGUCUCCCCUGGCCCCACCCUUGAGACGCUUCACAGGUGGACUUCACCUCCACACCACCGACCUGGAUGACAUCCCCUUGGACAUGUUCUACUAUCCCCCCAAGUCUCCUUCUGCCUUGCCUGUGAUGCCCCACCCACCACCCUCCAACCCACCCUCCAAGGUCCUGGCGCCACCUGUCCUUCCCUCAUUAGGCCAUGUGAACACCUCAUCCUCGCCCUGGGUACAACACACUCCACCCCCCAUCCCCAUCCCUCCCCCACCGUCCAUUCCCACCCAAGACCUCACGCCUACCCGCCCACUGCCCACGGCACUGGAAGAGGCACUGGGCAACCACCCCUUCCGUGCUGGGGACACAGGCAAUCCAACAGAGGACUGGGAGGCAAAGAACCACAGUGGCAAGCCCACCAAUUCCCCUGUCCCUGAACGGAGCUUCCCACCCACCCCAAAGACAUUUUGCCCAAGCCCACAGCCUCCACGAGGCCCUGGCGUGUCCACCAUCUCCAAACCUGUCAUGGUCCACCAGGAGCCUAACUUCAUCUACAGGCCAGCUGUAAAAUCCGAGGUCCUGCCUCAGGAGAUGUUGAAGAGGAUGGUGGUUUAUCAGACAGCAUUCAGACAAGAUUUCCGAAAGUAUGAGGAAGGCUUUGACCCCUACUCCAUGUUCACCCCAGAGCAGAUCGCAGGGAAGGAUGUCCGGCUCCUGCGCAUUAAGAAGGAAGGAUCCUUAGACCUGGCCCUGGAAGGCGGUGUGGACUCCCCAGUUGGGAAGGUGGUCGUCUCGGCUGUUUAUGAAGGGGGGGCUGCUGAGCGGCACGGUGGCAUUGUGAAAGGGGACGAGAUCAUGGCGAUCAAUGGCAAGAUCGUGACAGACUACACCCUGGCCGAGGCUGAGGCCACCCUGCAGAAGGCCUGGAAUCAGGGUGGGGACUGGAUUGACCUUGUUGUUGCUGUCUGCCCCCCCAAGGAGUACGACGAUGAGCUCUCUUCUCGUCCCUCCUCUGCAGCUGAAAGCCCCCAGCCAGUCCGAAAGCUCCUUGAAGACCAUUCUCCCGUGCACAGACAUGGGUUCCUCCUGCAGCUGGAGCCCACGGACAUUCUUCUGAAGUCCAGAAGGAGAAACCGAAUUCACCCCUAGAAGACAAUGAGCUCUGGACCCACCUCCCAAACACAAAAGCCAAUGACCAUCCUUGAAAGAGUCCAGCCUGCAGGCACCAGAAGGCAUCCCUGUAAACUCAUACCCAGCACCCAGGAAUUUCAAACUGAACCAGGCCCUGAACUAGGGCUGGAUAAGAAACACUGAGGGCCUCUCUUCUGAGGGCCACGAUGGGGGAGGGAGCAACCAGUAGCUCUGGAGAGGGCCUUAGGGAUCUGGUCCUGUGAAUUUGGUCUCUCCCAGUCCUGGGGGACUCCUGCCUUAAGCCCUAAUAGGACCCAACUCCUGAGUCUCUCUCCAUCCCUCUCCUCCUGCUACUGCUGUAAUUGCUGCCAGGAUCACUGCU